CGAGUUCCUUGUGAUGAUACACAAACAAAAUUAUCCGCCGCGAUGCGGGAGACGACCUGGACCGCCCACCUGUUGGAAGACACGCACGCGGGUCGCUGGUCGGGGAUACAGGUCAAAGAUUAACCUCACUGACCAUCUGACCCAAAAACAGUAAAAGUAUCUAGACCUGCUAAAAUGUUUUAUGUGUUUGUUACCUGUCUGUGCCUGUCCGUCCUUCACCUCUCUCAUGCCUCACUACCCCCUGCCGCUCUGUUCGUGGGGAUGGGAUACAACCUCCUUAAGGGGAAUCCAGACGGUGACAGCCACAUUAACACAGGGAAGGAUCCCGGGCUGUUAAUGACGCGCCAGAUACUCAAGUUGGAUCCGCCCGACUCCCCUCGUGAACUUUCGUACCACGAGUACCCCUUGUGUUUCCCCACUCACUAUAAAGAGGUGUUCUACGGAACCAAGUCUUACCAAACCAGACUGCUUCACGACUUGAUAGACAUUGGAAAUACCACAGGGGAUUUAUCCUCUCAUGCAUUCUCCCUAAGUGAAGGGUACCAGUCUGUCAAUCAUGAGACUAAUAUGGGCGACUUCGUGUACAUUGAUGAGAUCAGCCUCUGUAACAAAGGGAGAUCAAGGUAUAUGACCAAUCUGGCCAGCAGUCACAAGUUUAAUGUCGGAGACGAAUUCGCAGCAACUGUAUGUUCACUGCCAGGGACAUAUAACAAUCAGACUUACAUGGACUUUCUCCAGGACUGGGGCACGCAUGUGGUCAUGGAGACAGAAAUAGGAUGGGAGAAGAAAAUCAGAAAGCGUUUAGCCGUAGCAGACAUUGUCCGCUCUAUCAUAGGAACACAUCCUGAGCUACUGGUACCAACUGGUGCGGCUAGGGGUCAAACGUCUUCAGUAUCAUUGUCCACAACAUUUACGGACAACCCGACGUACUUGGAUACUCUUAAUCUGAACUCGAGGAUGACCACCGUUUCUAGCACCUCAAAGGGGAGCGAGCAUGUCAGCGAGCCAAUCAAAUACAAGGUUGUGAGCAUCGACGAGAUGCUUGACGCAAAAUAUUGGCAGGCGCCAGAGGAUAUUGUGGAUGAAAAGCUCUGUUCACGAGGCUUUGAAAACUCGCUGCCUGUUUGGCGAAACUACAUUCAACAGGCUCUAAAAGCAUAUACGGGAUACCUCCAGGCACCUUCACCCACAGAUAUUGCUCCCAGCCAUCCCGUGUCCUGGCCAUCAGAGUCUUUUGCACUCCUGGAACCCACUAAUGGAUGUCCAGCUGAUAAUGGACCAUGGGAAACUGGAAGUACCACGCACACAGUAAAUUCUACCAUUGCUACAAACCCAAAUAAUACGUUUCAAUACCAUGGAUUGCAAUUAAAAGGUUUGCAAACGCCUACAACUCUCAAAAUGUCCUACUGCGCUCGGGCCAAGGAGGCUUCGGUUUCCGGAUCUCGUGCCUGGCCCUCUGGAUCUUACUGUAUUGCCCGAGUUUCCAGCAGGUGUCCGUCAGGAUUUAGUGCAGGAUCUAUAUACCACGGUUUACAAAGCCGUCCGCGCAGACAUUACAGUGAUCCACUAGAUCAAACGGUUAACACUUCAGGAGCUGUUCCAAGCAUAUAUAUAUCAACAAGAAACUACUAUACACUGUCCUACUGCUGCAGGAAUGACGGGUCUGAAUCAGCUCCCAUCAUCUUACCUCAUCAGGAACCGUUCUAUCUAUAUCCUGACAUGAGAGCAAAAAAGUGUCAGAAAGUGCUGGGCAUGCGCUCUACUGAUGGGUGGAUUAGGUACCCGUAUACCAGCAGCGGAAGUAGUUGUGAUAGUUAUCAUCCGUAUGACGAGGACUGUUAUUUUCAUAAGGUCCACUACUGCUACUAUACCAGGGAGACGACAGUUUCAAAUAUUAAUGUAGUCGGACGAAAGUAAUAGCAAAGAUGUUAAUCACAUUUUUUAAUUACGUGUAUAUACAGAUGGUACUUUUUGCGUCUAUUUAAUCUGGUACAUCCACCUUUUU